AUGUCAGAAGCUGCUACUUAUGAGGGAAUUCGGACAAAAAUGAUUGAUUGUGCCCAAAUAAUUCUUAUGCCUGAAGCACCUUUCACCAAAUACUAUUUGAUAGUCAGACAGGAGUUCACCUGGAAAAAGAAAUUCUUUGCUAAAGCUUCAGCUCAACUUAUUGAUGUGUCAAUGUCUCUUGGUCGCAAAUCCUCCAUACUUGAAAUGCCCAUGUCUAGAAAUCUCUAG